AUGGUCACCAACAACAUCACAGAUGACUACGGCUUCGAUAUCAAACAGAGGAUCGGAAUUUCAGUCGUCUAUUUUCUUAUCUCCUUCACGGGUAUUACAGGGAACACUUGUGUCCUCUUGGCGGUUCUGCUCUCAAAGAAGCUCCAUACGCUCACCAACAUCUUUGUGGUAAAUCUCAGUGUGACAGACUUCCUGACUUGCUGCAGUCUCCUCGUCCAAGGUGUAGUUCUCUUAACCUCGGAACAGGUCCUCAGGGUAGUUCCCAUUCAGCUCUGCGUCCUGACCAGCGCUGUAAACAUCGUAGGUGUCGCUAACAGUCUGAUGACGUUAACACUUAUAGCUUUCAUGCGCUGGUACGUCAUAACCCGCAGUAUCAGGGGUCACAGAGGACUCCACACUCCCGGAAAGAUCGCCGCGAUGCUGACCAUCACCUGGACAGUUUCGCUGGUCUCCAUGUUGCUUCUACCAGGACUUGGGAUCGGAACUUUAGGGUACAGCGCCGUCUAUAAUCAGUGUCUGACCAUAGAUGACAACCAGCUCGUAGAGUACUACAGCAUGUUACAGGGCGUUGGUUGCUUUGCGUUUGUUGCAAUGGCUAUAUCAUUUUACAUUGCCAUAUUCUUAUUCGUUCGUAAGAAUACCGUGGCGAUGUCGAAGAACUUAAGGAGCCAGGAAAACGCUAAUAACAUCCAGGAAUCCAGAACAAACCGAAGGCUAGAGAACAUGAAUGAUUCUUCUGUUCAAAGGUUAUCGUAUGUAGCAGAUGAUAGGCAUCGUCGAAGCGAAGAUCUGCAUCAAAUGGCCUCACUUUUCAGGAAACGUGAAUGGAGGAUCACCAAGAACCUUCUUGUUGUAUUCUGUAUCUUCUUGGCUUCCAUCAACCUGGAGGCUUAG